GGAAGUGCCACUUAGCCUCAGUUAGAGCAGAGGAAACUUCGGGGGAAGGCCAAGGUUCCUGUCACAUGACUCCACCCUCGUUCACUCACAGUCCCCUCUGCCUUGGCAGUUGCUGGCCCCAGCAGGAGGCUCCUGCAGAAUUGGUGCUUCUGUCCCCAGAGACAAGACCUUGCAGCUCCCAACCUGGUACCCAUGUCCCUCAUCCCUCCUGAGAGCAGAGGUUGAACCUGUGCCCCACCGCCUACCGCUGGGAUGUUGCACCAGUGGUCAGCACAGUCAGGGCAGACCCCGAGGGAGCCAGGACACCUGCCCGAGAGCGAGGACCUCUGGGAGCAGGAGAUGGAGUGGCUGCGUGCCUCCCGGGAGCCCCUGCGCUCACUGCCCUAUGCCAUGAUGGACAAGCGCCUCAUCCGGAAGAUGCGGGAGCCCGAGGGCAUGCAGAUGACGCGCUGGCAGUGUUGGCAGCAAAAGCAGCAGACUAUGGGACAGCGCCUGGGGGAGGUGGCACGGCGGCUUGCCUGGGGCUUCGGGCUGUGGAAGGGGGCGCUAUACGAGAUCGGGGGUCUCUUCGGCUCAGGCAUCCGGUCCUACUUUACCUUCCUCCGCUUCCUGCUGCUGCUCAACCUGCUCACUGUGCUACUGACUGCCAGCUUCGUGCUGGUACCCCUGGCCUGGCUCCACACCCAAGGCCCGGGUCCUACCCUGAACUUCACAGCCCUCCAGUGCCCUGGAAGCCACCAGGCCCAGACUUACAUUCCACGGUUCCACAAUCAGCUUUGGAAUGUUUUAACUGGUAGGGCCUUCAACAACACCUAUCUCUUCUAUGGCGCGUACUGGGCUGGACCAGAGAGCAGCUCCGCGUACAGCAUCCGCCUGGCCUACCUGCUCUGCCCGCUCGCCUGCCUGCUGCUCUGCUUCUGUGGGAUUCUGCGGCGGAUGAUGAAAGGGUUCCUGCGGAGGCCAGGGCUGGGCCAGGACUACGGGGUGCCCCUCAGUGCCAAGGUGUUCUCGUCCUGGGACUUCUGCAUCCACCUGAGGGAUGCGGCCACCAUCAAGAAACAUGAGAUCAGCAAUGAGUUCAAGGUGUACCUGGAGGAGUGCCGCCGACGCCAGCAGGUGCAACAGGACACACCCACCCAGCGCGCCUGCCGCCUGCUCAGCUACCUGCGAGUCAACCUCCUCAAUGCAUGCCUGGUGGCUGGGGGCAUCAGCGCCAUCUUCUGGGCCACUAAGUACUCACAGGACAACAAGGAGGAAUCCCUGUUUGUGGUGCUCCAGUACCUGCCCCCUGGGGUCAUCUCCCUGGUCAACUUCCUGGGUCCCCUGCUGUUCAUGUUCCUGGUCCAGCUGGAGAGCUACCCUCCUAGCAUCGAGGUCAACCUCAUUUUGAUCUGGUGCGUGGUGCUGAAGUUGGCCAGCCUGGGAAUGUUCUCCUUCUCGCUGGGUCAGACCAUGCUGUGCAUCGGCCGGAACAAGACCAGCUGUGAGACCUAUGGCUACAAUGCCUGUGACUAUCAGUGCUGGGAGAACUCAGUGGGUGAGGAGCUAUACAAGCUGAUCAUCUUCAACUUCCUCCUCACGGUGGCCUUUGCCUUUCUUGUCACCCUGCCUCGGAGGCUGCUGGUGGAGCGGUUCUCAGGCCGGUUCUGGACCUGGCUGGGCCGGGAGGAGUUCCUGGUGCCCAAGAAUGUGCUGGACAUCGUGGCAGGGCAGACGGUCACCUGGAUGGGCCUCUUCUACUGCCCCCUGCUGCCCCUGUUCCAGAGCAUCUUUCUCUUCCUCACCUUCUACAUCAAGAAGUACACCCUCCUGAGGAACUGCAGGACGCCCCCUCGGCUCUUCCGCGCCUCCAGCUCCACCUUCUUCUUCCAGCUGGUGCUGCUCCUGGGCCUGCUCCUGGCAGCAGUGCCCCUGGGCUUUGUGGUCAGCAGCACCCAUUCCUCCUGGGACUGUGGCCUCUUCACCAACUACUCGGCCCCCUGGCAAGUGGUCCAGGAACUGGUAGCUCUGCGGCUCCCACUUUCUGGCCAGCGUGCCCUCCAGUAUCUCAGCUCUCACGCCUUCGGUUUGCCCCUCCUCUGGCUGCUCAGCCACAUCCUGACAGUGUGCAUCGCUCAGUCCCAGGCCAAUGCAAGGGCCAUCCACGUGCUCCGGAAGCAGUUGGUGUGGCAAGUUCAGGAGAAGUGGCGCCUGGUGGAGGAGCUGUCGCGGCUGCUACAGGAGCCAGGCUCGAGCGAAUCUCUGAUCCCCGACUCCCCUCGUUUCCGAGCUUCACACCCGCGGUUUUCCGGUCCCGGAUUCUGGAGCCCAGGUUCUCCGGGUCCCGAGAGCCCCGCUCGGGACCCUUCCACACGGACCCCGCCCUGGUUGAGCUCCUCCUACCCUGGAUCGCGAGAUUCCCCGGGCCCCCGGUUCCGCUUUCCCAGCGGCACUGAGCUGUAGCACCGACUUAGCGUCCCCUAAGGAGAGACCUGCAACACCCACUUGCCUACCCUGGCUCCUGGAGGGGCGUCCUCACACACAGUGACAGGGCUGCCCCGAAGAGGGCCACACAUCCCCAGGGGUAGCAGGGCGACCAUAUGAAAAUUUCUAUUUUUUAUAUCUCAUCCCUUUAAAUUUUCUGGUUUUUACUGAAUAUUUUAUAACAUACGCAGUACAUUAUUAUGGUAACUCAUAAA